CGGCUGCAAGCAGAGAAUGCUUUCCCCUGCCAGGACCUGAUGCAAUCCAUUCAAGCCAACAAGUUUGGAGAGAAUGUUGAGUUCAAUCAAUUCAGAACGUCGAGAUGGAGCCCAACUCACUCCAGUGGGUCGGCUCACCGUGUGGCUUGCACGGACCUUAUAUUUUUUAUAAGGCUUUUCAAUUCCACCUUGAAGGCAAACCCAGAAUCUUGUCCCUUGGCGACUUUUUCUUUGUAAGAUGUACGCCAAAGGAUCCGAUUUGCAUAGCGGAGCUCCAGCUGUUGUGGGAAGAAAGGACCAGCCGGCAACUUUUAUCCAGCUCGAAACUUUAUUUCCUCCCCGAAGACACUCCCCAGGGCCGAAAUAGCGACCAUGGCGAGGAUGAGGUCAUCGCGGUCUCCGAAAAAGUGAUUGUAAAAUUAGAAGACCUUGUCAAAUGGGCGCAUUCUGAUUUCUCCAAGUGGAGGUGUGGGCUCCGAGCCAGUCCGGUGAAAACUGAGGCCUUUGGGAGAAAUGGACAGAAGGAGGCUCUGCUCAGGUACAGGCAGUCAACCCUCAACAGUGGGCUCAACUUCAAAGAUGUUCUCAAGGAAAAGGCUGAUCUAGGGGAAGAUGAGGAAGAAACCAAUGUGAUUGUGCUCAGUUACCCUCAGUACUGUCGGUACCGGUCCAUGCUUAAACGGAUCCAGGAUAAGCCAUCAUCCAUCCUGACAGACCAGUUCGCGUUGGCCCUGGGGGGCAUCGCAGUGGUCAGCAGAAACCCCCAGAUCCUGUACUGCCGGGAUACCUUUGAUCAUCCCACUCUCAUUGAAAACGAGAGUGUGUGUGACGAGUUUGCGCCAAAUCUUAAAGGCAGACCUCGCAAAAAGAAAACAUGUCCUCAGAGAAGAGAUUCCUUCAGUGGCCCAAAGGACCCAAAUAAUAACUGUGACGGUAAAGUUAUCAGCAAGGUGAAAGGGGAGGCCAGGUCAGCCUUGACCAAGCCGAAGAAUAACCACAAUAACUGUAAAAAAACCUCAAAUGAAGAAAAGCCAAAGCUGUCCAUUGGCGAAGAGUGCAGGGCAGAUGAACAAGCCUUCUUAGUGGCCCUGUAUAAAUACAUGAAAGAAAGAAAAACGCCCAUUGAGCGAAUUCCCUACUUGGGUUUCAAACAGAUUAACCUUUGGACUAUGUUUCAAGCUGCUCAAAAACUGGGAGGAUAUGAAACAAUAACAGCCCGCCGUCAGUGGAAACAUAUUUAUGACGAGUUAGGUGGUAACCCUGGAAGCACCAGUGCGGCCACCUGUACUCGCAGACACUACGAAAGGUUAAUCCUGCCAUACGAAAGAUUUAUUAAGGGGGAGGAAGAUAAGCCUCUGCCGCCAAUCAAACCUCGGAAACAGGAAAACAAUACGCAGGAAAAUGAGAAUAAAACAAAAGUCUCCGGAAACAAACGCAUCAAACAGGAAAUGGCUAAAAACAAGAAGGAAAAAGAGAAUACCCCGAAACCCCAAGAUACACCUGAGGUCUUGUCAGAGCAAAGGAAGGAAGACGAGACGUUAAACCAGAAAAGCGUCCCAGAGCCUCUCCCUGCUCCGGAAGCAAAGAGAAAACCAGAAGGGCACAAGGAUCUUGGAGCGAGGGCCCCAGUAUCCAGAGCAGAUCCAGAAAAGAGCACUGAAACUGACCAAGGUUCCAGCAGUGAGAAAGAGGCGGAGGAGGUGGGAGAUAAGGGUGCCCCUCUGCUCCCAAGCCCUCCCUUGCCUCCGGAACAAGAAUCAGCUCCUACCCCUGGGGCUGGCAAACAGCCCCUUGCCUCUCCCAGUACCCAGAUGGACUCAAAGCAAGAAGCCAAACCCUGCUGCUUUACAGAGAGCCCCGAGAAUGACCUCCAAGGAGCGCCCUUCUCCAGCUUCCCUGCCGCCAAACCACCGCCCGCAAGCCAGAACGAGGCAGAGGAAGAAAAGCUCCCUGCCAUGGCCAAUUACAUUGCCAACUGCACUGUGAAGGUGGACCAGCUGGGCAGUGACGACAUCCACACUGCCCUCAAGCAGACCCCGAAGGUCCUUGUGGUCCAAUCGUUUGACAUGUUCAAAGACAAAGACUUGACGGGCCCCAUGAAUGAGAACAGCGGGCUUAAUUACACACCCCUGCUUUACUCCCGGGGCAACCCCGGUAUCAUGUCCCCACUAGCCAAGAAAAAGCUUUUGUCUCAGGUGAGUGGGGCCAGCCUCUCCAGCAGCUAUCCCUAUGGCUCCCCGCCCCCUUUGAUCAGCAAAAAGAAACUCAUUGCCCGGGACGACCUGUGCUCGGGUUUGUCCCAGGCCCACCACAGCCAAAGCUCUGAUCACAUGGCCGUCAGCCGGCCAUCCGUAAUCCAACAUGUCCAGAGCUUCAAAAACAAGACCUCUGAAGACAGAAAGGGCAUCAACGAUAUCUUCAAGCACGACAAACUGAGUCGGUCCGACGCUCAUCGCUGUGGCUUCUCCAAGCAUCAGCUUGGCUCCCUGGCAGACUCCUACAUCCUCAAACAAGAGACGCAAGAGGGCAAGGAUAAACUGUUAGAGAAAAGAGCCGUCUCUCACGCCCACGUGCCCAGUUUCCUGGCCGACUUCUACUCAUCCCCGCAUCUCCACAGCCUCUACCGACACACCGAACACCAUCUUCAUAACGAACAAUCCUCCAAGUAUGCCGCUAGAGACGUGUACCAGGAAUCGGAAAACGGCGCCUUUCUUUCUCACAAGCACCCGGAGAAGAUCCACGUCAAUUAUCUCGCAUCUCUCCACCUGCAAGAUAAGAAGGCGGCGGCUGCGGCGGAAGCCUCUACGGAUGAUCAGCCCACAGACCUGAGCCUUCCCAAGAACCCACACAAACUAACCAGCAAAGUCCUGGGCCUGGCUCACUCAGCCUCCGGGUCCCAGGAGAUCAAAGGCACCUCCCAGUUCCAGGUCAUCAGCAGCCAGAGUCGAGACUGUCACCCCAAAGCCUGCCGGGUAUCACCCAUGACCACGACGGGCCCUAAAAAAUACUCUGAGUCACUUGCCAGGUCAGGAAAGCCUCACCAGGUGAGACUGGAGAACUUCAGAAAAAUGGAAGGCAUGGUCCAUCCCAUCCUGCACCGGAAGAUGAGCCCACAGAACAUUGGAGCUGCUCGCCCGAUAAAGCGCAGCCUGGAGGAUUUAGAUCUUGUAAUCGCCGGGAAAAAGGCCAGGGCUGUGUCUCCCUUGGACCCAGCCAAGGAGGCUUCUGGGAAAGAGAAGGCCUCCGAACAGGAGAGCGAGGGCAACAAAGGAGCCUACAGUGGACAUUCUGGGGCUGCAUCGGAAGGCCACAAGCUCCCUCUGUCCUCCCCUAUCUUCCCAGGUUUGUAUUCUGGCAGCCUGUGUAACUCAGGCCUCAACUCCAGGCUCCCGGCCGGGUACUCCCAUUCUCUGCAGUACUUGAAGAAUCAGACGGUGCUUUCUCCUCUCAUGCAGCCCCUGGCUUUCCACUCGCUCGUGAUGCAGCGAGGAAUUUUUACAUCGCCGACAAAUUCUCAGCAGCUGUACAGACACUUGGCCACAGCCACCCCCGUAGGAAGUUCCUACGGGGACCUGCUGCACAAUAGCAUCUACCCGUUAGCUGGUAUCAACCCUCAGGCUUCCUUCCCAUCUUCUCAGCUGUCAUCCGUACACCCUAGCACAAAACUGUAAGCCUCGCUGUGCCCGGCAUCCCCAAAUGGUGUGGUCCCACGCUCUAACCCUUGGAGGGCUGGCUCGCAAAGUUGGAAGUCAGUAUUCCUUCUAAUCUGGUUUCGUGCCAGCCAUAGAGGUGAACCCAUGUACCUACCUUUUCGGGGACAACCCUAGCCUGACUGGCCAGUUGUGACCUCCCUUCCAAUCCAGAUGGCCUUAGGGCCUCUGGGUCAUUUGUCUUUUCCCGUUGGUCUUGUGAAGGUUAUCUGUGGUCUAUCCUAGAAGAACGCGGAGGACCCCAUCUGAGUUUGGAUGGUAAGGAAGCAACUUGAGCAUCAAAUUGAAGGUGGGGGUGGGGGUGGAGGCAGGCUUUUUCAAAGGCAACCGGCAAGAAAGACUGGCAAGUAAUAGCCAGGGGACGCCCAUCUUUUUACAUCAAACUCACCAAGUUCAAUCAAUGCAAUGUAUAGUAAAACUUAAAGAGACCUUUCAUUCUGACACUAUUAAUCAAUCCAGAGAAGGAAACACUGUUAAACUGUAUAUAUUCGCUUCUUAAAGCUACCCACGUCACUGUUAACUCACCUAAUUUAUAUACAGGUAGUUGUGUUUUCCUCCCAGUUUCUUCUUGUUCCUACCCUGAGGUUUUUGUUUUUUUGUUUUGUUUUGUUUUGUUUUAGUUUGUGUAUGUUUGUUUAUCUGUUUGUUUUUUUAAUUAAACAGUAUCCUUUCUCUUUGCCGGUCUUCUGUUUUGUUUUGAUUUGUUCUGUUGUUCUGUUCCAUUCUGUUCUGUUUUGUUUGUAAGGCUGACUGACUCUUCUAGUUGUCAAUGUGUAUUUUAUCAACCCCCACCUCACCCCGCGCCCCACCCCCGCCCCCACCUCCCCCGCCCACCACCACAUCUUCUUUGGAGCAGCUUUGGGGUGGUCAGGUUAUUGUUUACAAAUUGAAGCAAAUGAUUUUAGUGGAACGAACUGUAAAGAACCCCUGGAGAACACAAGCUCGCUUAAAGCCUGUGCCUUGGUGGGUCUGCGCCUCGAGAAUUCUGUCCCUCACAAGUGGGACGGAUAGUCGAAAGAGUUUAGAUACUGCUUCCCCCACCCCCAUUCCCACCCCCACCCCCACUCCCAGCCAAAUGCUUUGCUCUAAAGUAUUGGAUUAUGUGAAAUUAUUAAGCAUUGCACUCACCUUAUCUAGGCUGUGAACCCAUCCUACAUACCAGAGAAUUCAGAAAACAAAAACUUUGUUGGUGAAAAGCCACUGAGUGGACCCACUUAAUGGGCUCAGGAGGGGUUUUAGGAAUUUCAAAACAUAGGACAAGAGCCAGGGUAAUUCAUGCCGGUGCUGGAAUUGCACCUUUUAAACGGUCUGCAGAGAGGGGGCUUGGAAAAGGGUAGUGUGUGACUUCUCCAGCAGAUGGGGGAGCUAUCUAGGUCUGACCCACUGGGCAUCCCAGCCAGGCCUUGGCCCAAUCAAGGGACAGGGUGAUUGUCAUCAUCAGCUGGCUUCAUGGGUUUCCUAACAAGAUUCUCUCAAGGAACAUCUUAGAGGAAUCAUUGGAUGACCUGUUUCUGAAAGAAAGCCCAUCUUCCUUGGGUGUCUAGGGCCUGGGUUUGAUGAGUAUUUGUUACCCGUAAGGUGGUUUGUAUCAAGUUUUUCACCACGUGGCCCUACUGUCUGCUUUGGAGGUCUUUUGACUGGCACUCUUUGACAACGGAUUCCAUUUGCUCCCAAAGCACAAAAUUCUGCUAGGCGUAGCAAGUGGGUCCUUAGAGUGGAUUCUCGUUCCCAUCUGUACCCAGCCCUGCUGAAAGCUUCUUUGAUGGAAGUCCACAGAGCUCUGUCCCCUUCUCCCCUAACACCAGUAGACUAUAGAACCAUAGUUAACCAAGUCUCUCUCUCUCGCUCGCUCGCUUUCUUUCUCUCUCUCUUUUUACCUCUGACAUAUUUAAGUCUAUGAAACUUGAUGACGGUUUUCAACAUCUCUGAAUAGGUAACUGAACUACAAAAAUAAUCAAAACCAGUGACCGUGAAUCUACGGCUCUUAUCGCAAAGCCAUGCAUGCCAUUCGUUCAUAUUGAAAUGUCCUCAUGAUAUGAAGCCAAAUAGUCCCAUGUAGUAACAUGCCAUCCAAAGGUGGAAACAAAAGAAUGUAGCGACCCAGUGUUUAAGAGUUCCAUUCGCUUCAAUUAAUUAUUUACCUUCCUGUGGAAUAAUAUAUAUGAAUAUAUAUUAUAUAUUUAAUAGGACCAUAGAUAGAUUAGUAUAAAACUUAGCUCAUAAAUGUGCACACGCAGAUUAUUCUGCUGUAGCACAAGAAAGGGUGUGUGUGUGUGUGUGUGUGUGUGUGUGUGUGUGUUGGGGGUGGGUCUCACUUCCAGCCAGCAUGAUACUGGCCAGGACAGUUUGAGAAAAGUGACACUAGAUUGAAUAGCCACAGGAUCAGAAGAGGAGAAAAGGAACCAGGGAUUCUCUAGCAGACAUGGGCUGGAUCCAGACAUGGUCCCUGUGAGUUCAUUUCUCAAUGCAAAACGGCAAUGUCUGUCCCCACACAAAAAUACCCCACCAUCACUACCACCACCAGCUCACCCUUUUGCAAGAUGGAGUGAUUGUUACCCUCAGUGCGGUGAUUUUUCAAUGUGUUCACCGAGUAGGAAUUCAGUCACGCCAUUUUCAAACAAGGUCAACAUAGUCCAUAUUUUUUUUUUUUCUCAUCUCUUCUGAGAGGAGACUCGCUAUUGCUGUUGAAGGGAGCUGGGGCCCUCCGAGAGAAACAUCAGGACAAAUGCAAAGACGUGGGGGCAGGGGUUAUUUUCCCAAUAGAAGUGGUGUGUUAUUUGUUUUCAAACUCCAAACAGAGAUCUUGGAGAUCUUUCAAAAAGACCAUUGAAUUGCUCAUUGGCCGAGAAGGACAUUUUUUUUAAAAGUCUUAAAAUCUGGCUUUGUUUGCAUUGUUUGAGUUCAAGGGGCCUUAUUAUUGAAUGGCGUUACACAAGCCUUUCUUUUUUGCAAGCAAACCAUUGUUAUUAGUUGUCCUGUAAAGGAAAUUGUGGAAUCCAAUUGGCACCGGAGUCCUAAAUCCAUUUACCAAGCGCGGCUUCCGAGAAAUGUUGCAAUUCAAAAUGCUCCAAGCCCGUGAAUUGUUGGGGAUUUGGAGAUUCUAAAUAAUAUUUAAAAAGAUGUCAUCUCCAGGCAACUUCAGGGUCUCACUUUUGGAAAUUCAACUUAAAAAUAAAAUAGAAAGUAAAAAUAAAAAUACAACAGCCCAACCAAGUGUUAGGUUUUAAGUUUUGUUUUGUUUUGUUUUGUUUUAGUAACUGAUUCAAACAUGUAGUAUUUGCCACAGGUCAGACUGGUUUAUUUCCUAGCUAGAAGCUCCCAGUUUUACUUGUUCAUCAGGACAUCUAUAUAGAAGGGUUUGUCUCAGUGUUGAAUUCACACAGCUUUGCGAUCUGGUGCAUGAUUCCUUAGGUACUGUAUUUCACUGUGUUGGUGUGUCUGAUGGAAAUUUCAAGGUGGUCCCACAAAAAAAUAUAUAUAUAUUUUUAUGUAGUGUGCCUUCAAAGAGAACCAUUUAUCUCUCUUCUCGUGUUGUCCCACUAAGUCACAUUUGGUGGUGGCCAGCCAAGUCCCGUGUGGUCUAGUCUGACUCCUUAUCCCCAGCUGAGAAAGGAAUGGCAAUGGUUUUGCCCCGUUGAGACCCACACCGCUGGAAUAGGGACUGUGAGCACUUCCGCUCCGGUGUUGACUGUUGAUGUAUUUGAUAUUCUGCUUGUCUCCCUAUGGCGGAAAGAACUCUGAAAGAAAAAAAAAAAUGGCAGCAUAAUCUCUUGGCUGUUUAUACUUUUUUAAACUUCUCUGUUGUUGUAAAUAUUGUACACUCUGAGUAACCCCAGCUAUGUAACCUUGAUGCUCCGUAAGGUGAUAUUUGUAUAUAGCAACCUGGCCCAGUGAUGUUAUAUAAUUUCCCAAUGGAGAGGUUAUUGAGUAUAGCCUUGGCGUCGAGUUUUAAACACUACCAGAAGAAUGCUGAGCCAACUAUAAACACUCAAUUUUGUAUGUUUUCCAAAUUGUACUUAUUACCGCUUUUGAUACUGUAUUCUGUGCCAAUGGUUUCCCAAUCACAUAGCAGGCAAGAGAUAUUUUGUACUUUUUGAUCCACUGUAAUAUUUAAUAAAAAAUGUUACUUUCUGUUUC